UCAGUUUUGUUAUGUGUAAAGCAUAACAAAAACUAAGAUAAUAACAUCGCAUUACAGCAUUACAGACGACAAAAUAGUGCCCGUACUUUGAACUCGUAGGUCGUGGCCACAAAAAUAAAAGGGAAAUUAAAAUUGAAUGUUGAAAAAUCCAAAAAUAAAGACGCUCUCACUAAAGAUAGGUAUCGUAUUGCAUGUCAACAGAGGUGGCGCAGUGGCAAAUUGCACGGUGUAUUGGAUGUGAUGAUGUCUUCUCGGGGGCGUAUUAUGCGUAGGCUCGCUGUAUUUGACUUUGAUCACACCAUUAGCGAGCACAAUACAGACAUUGUUGUGCGGGAUUUACUGGAUCAGAACCUCAUCACACCGGAACUCAAGAGCAUAGUGCGUUCAUGUGGCUGGAUCCCUUUUAUGCAGCGUGUGUGUCGACUGUUGCAUCAGAAUGGCUUCACGCCUUCGGAUAUCAUGUCGGCUAUUCGGGGGAUUCCCGAAGUACCUGGAAUAAAAGCGUGUAUCGCCGAGAUGGCUAGGAAUAAUUUUCACAUUAUCAUCAUUAGCGAUUCCAAUUCAGAGUUCAUCAAAACUUGGAACGAGUUUAACGAUAUCGAGAAGUACAUCCAUACUACUUUUACAAACCCAGCCAAAUUCAACAGUAAUGGUUUGCUAGAGGUACAUCCGUUUCACAACCAAACUGAGUGCAAUAUUAGCUCGAAGAACCUCUGUAAAGGAAAGAUCUUGGAGGACUUUCUUGAAAAACAGUUCAACGAAGCCGACACAGAGUACGAAAAAAUUUUCUACAUCGGAGAUGGAAAGAACGACGUAUGUCCCAUGCUUAGAUUGACUGAUAACGGGUAUGCGUGCCCCAGGGACGGGUAUAGCUGUUACGAUGAACUCAAUGCUGCCAUUUCCAAACGUUCGGAACCUUACGACGCGAAAAUCCUGAGGUGGAGAAACGGAAGCCACCUGACGAAUCUGAUCUGGAGGGAGCUAUGAAUUGUAGCGGUUGCGUGGUGGCAUCUUGUUCUAUGGUUAUGUAUUGUUCAAGAUUUUGCAUUCGUUUUCAAUGCCGUGCUGUAUUAGUUUUUGAUAUUAAAGUGUCUACAUAUUAUACGUAA